CCAUAUCCCUUGGACAAAAGAGUUAAUUGAUAAAGCUCGCCCAAGAUGCUUCUCUCCGAGGACCCCUCCACGCUCAUCCACCAUACAAUCAACAACUUCAACAUCCAGCCCGACAAGCAGGCCUGUGCGCGUAUUUCCGAAUCUCUCUCUAAUCUACAACAAGCCCGCGAUAUUCGGAUCCGUGAAGCCGAAAAUGCCCUCAAGAAACUCUCCCGCACCCUUAACACCAUGUCCUCCCAACACGCGGACUUGACAGCCUCACACUCAUCAACAAAGCACGCAUCAGAGAUCGCCCGCCUCGACACCAAAAAGUUCCGCACCGCGAAAACCGCCUCGGACGCCGAGGUCGAAGCCGAGCGCCUCGCGCAGCAGGCCGCCGACCUCACGGCCCGUCUGCAGGAGCUCGAGGUCCAGGGCGUCGACGGCAUGGCGGACGAGGAGGCCCGGCGCCGCCGCGCCCGUGACCCGCUCGAGGACGAGGUUGUGCUCCGUCUCACCGUGUACCGGAGCCUGGGGAUCGAGAUGGAGCGAGGCGACGAGAGGCCGACGAGGAGUCGCGGCUCGUCCGUCGGUGCUGCUGGCGGUAGUGGCGGAAGUGGCGAGGCCUUCUCGCGUGCUAUUGUGCGGAAUGAUCGCAAGGGCGACGUCCAUGUCGUGAAUAUGGAUAAGAAGUUUAGCCGGUUUUUCUAUGCCAAUUAUUUUUGGCAGACGUUGUGAUUGGGCUCGGGGUGGCGGGUAGCAUGAUGCGACGAUUUGGCGUUUUUGGAGUUGGUUGAUACUAAUGGCACGUUAUGGAUUCACCGUCGGGUUAAUCCACUUGACUCAAGUCGACGACUUUUGUUUUAAGAAGAGUAGAAGGAAAAAAAGGAAGUUUAAUCACAUGGGCAUACGUGCGGACAGGGCUACCGACGAAAAAUCUCUCGAGUUUAGAAGAGUACGAAAUCAACGGAAUCAACGACAUCCUCAUCCUUCCAAUACACUAAAUAAGAACCUUUGGAUCGAUCCAUCCUUUGUGGCCGUUUAUUCAAUAGUCGGGAAACAUGCGAAAGGACAAGUAGCACAGAAAUAAGCCACCAAUGCUUCCAGGCAAGCCAACUCCUCCACCCAUUAAAU